GACUGUUGCACGACGCGGGACAACAUGUUCAUCGUACUAGCAAGCUUGGUGACGUUUGCUGCGGCCGCGCCACGCGUGGCGCCUUACACUCACUUUUCACAAUCCGAUAUUGAACAAUAUAGUAAUAUCUACCCGAAUCUGGAUGACUUGGGCGUAACUAAGAACCAGUUUUAUCUACAAUUCAAUUCUGCGCCGUGGACUGUGUCUACCAAAGAUUUACAGUACGUAAUGUCGAUGCCAAUGCCUGGCUACAACAAGGAAGAUAUCGAAGUUUUGGCGCUGAACAAAGGGAUCACGGUGAGAGCGAUACAAAAAGAAGGAGAUGAUAUUGUUAAGAGUCAGAUUGUAGUAACUUUACUGCCUGCAUAUGUGAAUCCCUUGGGACGGUGGACUUAUGAUGGAGUGCUAAGAAUCGCUUUCCCAAUCAAAUGGUUUAGCGACGACGGUAGCUCGUAUGCUAUCCCAGUCAUAAUAGAUGCAUGAUCAGAAAAUAGCGGUAAGGUCUGUUCAUUCACCUAAUAUUUAAACAAAGAUGUAUUUUAUUUAAUUUUCGUCGGUUCUAUUUGCUUCAAUUCCGUAACUUAUAAGAUUUUAUGACAAUCGUUACUGUUAUUUAUAUAACUAUAAGGGUGAUUGUCGAGUCCUAUAAAAGAGUUAUUUGAAAAUAAUGCAGAUAUUUGCAUACAUUUUUAUAAGAAGUGAAUAAAAUUAUAAAAUCUAUUGAUUUUUAAGGAUGUUUAAAGACAAUAUUUAUAUUAAAAUAUAAUAUUUUCUGUUAAUGCAACACUUUGUUCAUUUGUAUUUUAUUGUAAUAUUAAAAAUGUAUAAGUUUGUAUAAUACAUUUUUGAAAUUGUAUUCAUUUGUUUUGUUUCAUUUGCUUUUAAGGACUACUUCUAAAUUGUAAAAAAGCGCUCGUCAUUUCAAUUUCAUAAUUAUAUAUUUUUUCAAUAAUAAUUCGACGUAAA